AUGCAACAGGUUGGUGUGGCAUUAGACGCGGCCUGUGGCCUGUCGCACCUGCACUAUGCAUCUCCCAAGGUGUUUCACCGCGACAUAAAAAGUCCCAACAUCUUGCUGGACCGGAACGGGACUGCCAAAAUGGCAGACUUUGGCCGGGGGCUGGUUGGCCGACAGGGCAGCAGCACAUUGUGCAGGGCAUGCAGAAUAAUCCAGUUGUUGCAUUGCACAUGA